ACCGGUCUCAGUCAAUUCUCACAGAUCUGCUUCUUCUUUGGCCAAACGUCUCACAAAUGGGUUCUCAUGCAUUUCUCUUUUGAUCUCAACAAAGCCUCUCUCUCUCUCUCUCUCUCUCUCUCUCUCUCUCUCUCUCUCUGUGAGAAACAAAGUCGAAGACAUGCAGUAGAUCUGUUGAGACAAAGGGAACGCCGGCGUUGAACCUCGUGAUUCACGAUUUACAGAAGAAGAAAAGAUAGAAACAAACUUUAAAAAAAAUACUUAAUAAAGAAAAAAAAAAGAGAGAGAGAGAGAAGGGAAACAAUUUGAUGGCUCCGAUGACGAACUGGUUAGCGUUUUCGCUGUCACCAAUGGAGAUGCCGAGGUCAUCUGAUCAGUCUCAGUUCAUGUCCUAUCUCGACGCUUCCUCCGCCGCCUCUCCUCACUAUCUCCUCGAUAAUUUUUAUGGGUGGACGAACCAGAAGCCCCAGGACCUAUUCAAAGAAGAAGCUCAAAUAACAGCUUCCAUGGCGAAUUCAACCAUCCUCACCAACUUCGUCGACCCACAAAUCCAUACCCAUAAUCCCAUCCCCAAGCUCGAAGAUUUUCUCGGCGACUCCUCUUCCAUCGUCCGUUAUUCCGACAGCCAAACGGAAACCCAAGACUCUUCCCUUACCCAAAUCUACGACACCCAUCACCACUACCAACGCCAGGCCGCUACCGCCGGGUUCUUCUCUGAUCACCAUGAUUUCAAGGCCAUGGCCGGGUUUCAGACAGCUUUCUCCACAAACUCCGGCUCGGAGGUCGAUGACUCAGCCUCCAUCGGCCGGACCCAUCUCGCCGGCGAGUUUCUCGGUCACGUGGCGGAUUCAUCCGGGCCGGAGCUAGUUUUCCCGGGCGUUUGCAACAACGGAGGAGCUCUAUCACUUGGGGUUAACAGCAUCCCCAAGAGUGAUAUAAACAACUCCAAAGCUAUCGCUGAUACCUUCAGCAGUAGAAAUAUCGACCGGAACAUCAACGGGAAGACGGUUUCCGUUAACGAUAAGGCCGUAGUGGCGGUGGAAACGUCGGACUGUUCGAAGAAGAUCUCCGAUACGUUCGGACAACGGACUUCGAUAUACCGAGGAGUCACUCGGCACAGAUGGACAGGCAGAUACGAAGCUCAUCUAUGGGAUAAUAGCUGUAGGAGGGAGGGCCAGGCCAGGAAAGGCCGUCAAGUGUAUUUAGGUGGGUAUGACAAGGAGGACAAAGCAGCCAGAGCAUACGAUUUAGCUGCUCUGAAGUAUUGGGGUUCCACUGCCACUACCAAUUUCCCAAUCUCGAAUUAUGCGAAAGAGUUGGAGGAGAUGAAGCGGUUGACCAAGCAAGAGUUCAUCGCAUCCCUCAGGAGGAAGAGUAGUGGAUUCUCUAGGGGAGCCUCUAUAUACCGAGGCGUAACGAGGCAUCAUCAGCAGGGCCGUUGGCAAGCAAGGAUUGGUCGGGUUGCAGGGAACAAGGAUCUUUACCUCGGAACCUUUGCCACGGAGGAAGAGGCGGCAGAGGCAUACGAUAUAGCAGCCAUAAAGUUCAGGGGAGUAAACGCCGUGACGAACUUUGAGAUGAGCCGAUACGACGUGGAAACCAUAAUGAAGAGUUCCCUGCCAAUCGGCGGAGCAGCUAAGCGUCUUAAGCUGUCUCUAGAAUCUGCCUCCUGCGAGCCAAAACCAGUCGUCGUGGGCCACCACCACCAUCUGCACCAGCUCCUGUCUGGCUCUCCGGUUCAGUCUCAGAUCCCUUGUGGAAUCCCCUUCGAACCAGCCACCCUGUUCCACCACCAGAACCUCUUCCAGCACUUCCCGGCCGGAAGUUUUGGAGCCACACUGGCGUCGGAUUCGUCCGGGUCUAACUCAACGGUUCAGGGUGCCAUGCCAGUCAUGGAGCCAAACCAGGCAGAGUUUUUCUUGUGGCCGAACCACCACCAGUCUUACUGAUUGCACCAUCGUAGUCUCUGGCCCAAGUUAAGUGGUUAGUUCCCAGCACAGGGCGGGCCUUUUCUUAUUGAUUCCGGCUAACUCACAAGCUGACCAGAAGCAUCAGAGAAGCUUUUCUACAGUUUUUUGUUGUAUCUCUUUGUUAACCGUAGGGAGAAGUAGUGGGGGUGAAAGUUUUAGAAAAUGAAAGUGCUGGGGCUCUUUGUAUUAACCUUGAAUCCCGGGACGGGGGGGUUGCAAGUUUUUGAGAAGUAUGGGGCGGUUCUUGGGGUUUUAGUUUUUGUAUGUAGCAUAUUUUGUCGUAUUGGUUGUACUCUUUUUCAGUUUACGGUUAUCAACUGAAAUUUCUUUGCCUUCA